GGUAUUAAAUAAACAAGUUGGGCGCAAAUCAGAAUUUAUUUCCCUCCGAAAAACACUCGCAGGGACGUACCAUCCCAGUUGAAGAGAGAGAGAGAGAGCGACACAAUACGGUCUUGAGACAGAGACACCAUGGCCAGCGUUGUUCCGAUUCCGAGCGAUGGGUACAAGUUAGGGUUUAUUGGAGCGGGCAAAAUGGCGGAGAGUAUCGCCAGAGGCGUCGUCAAGUCGGGUGUCUUGCCCGCUUCCAGAAUCCGAACUGCCCACCUCGGUUCCGCUCGCCGGACUGCUUUUGAAUCCUUUGGCGUUAAAGUUCUUGAUCAAAACCACGAGGUUGUUGAAGACAGCAAUGUGGUGAUUUUCUCUGUGAAACCUCAAGUUGUUAAAGAUGUGGUCUUGCAAUUGAGGCCAAAACUUUCAGAGAAGCAGCUUCUUGUGUCAGUUGUUGCAGGAGUUAAAUUAAAGGAUCUACAGGAAUGGGCUGGUCACAGCCGAUUUAUUAGGGUAAUGCCGAAUACUCCUGCUGCUGUAGGCCAGGCCGCAUCUGUUAUGAGCUUAGGGUCAGAUGCAACAAAAGAAGAUGGAGAGCUAAUAGAGCAGUUAUUUGGAGCAAUUGGCAAGAUAUGGACAGCCAAUGAGAAACUGUUUGAUGCAGUUACGGGCCUGAGUGGCAGCGGCCCAGCAUAUAUGUUCUUAGCAAUAGAAGCUUUAGCUGAUGGAGGGGUUGCAGCAGGUCUACCACGAGAACUUGCAUUGGGUCUUGCUUCUCAAACCGGAAGUGUUCUUGCUUUUAUAUUUAAGCGGAAGGUAUCAACCAAGUAAUGCCUGGGUGAACAUCUUCGUACUUGAGUCUGCUUGAUCUUGCACUAGGGCCAGAGGAGCAAGCUUAAGAUCUUGGUUGCCUGGAUUGCCACUUAUGAUUCUGUCAGGCACUGGUGUGAUUGCCUAUAUAUCAAGCUUGUCUGUAAAUAGCAGAAAUUGUUUUGUGUGAUUCUUGAGUUUCUUUAAUUGCUGUCAACAUAAUAAAAGCAAGAAUAGCACAGUUGAGAUGGAUGUGCUAUAUGACUAGAAAUGAUAGAAUUAGAAAUGAUCACAUUUGGGUGAUGGUUGAAGUAGGCACAAAUUGGUAAGUAAUUUUUAAAUUUUCUCCCAUAAAUGCUAAGUUUUUUGUGAUAUACAUGUUACAUAUGUUAUGAUU